AUGAAAGAUCAAUUCUACGAUGCCCUUGAGCGUGAGUUGAUGACGACCGAUAACCCGCUGGUUGGUGGUGAUUUCAACGGACACAUUGGCGAGGACAACGCAAGUUACGAAAGUGUACAUGGUGGUUUUGGUUAUGGAAGCCAGAACAGUGACGGCGUCCGACUACUGAACUGUGCCAUGUCUCCACGACUGUUUAUUGCCACCACUGCGUUCAAGAAACCACACACUCAGUUGGUGACAUUUAUGUCGGGCCGUAUUGCAACCCAGAUAGAUUAUAUUCUUUACAGAAAAGACUCAAUCUCUUUAAAGAAUGCAAAGACUAUUCCAGUUGGCACUCAGCAUAAACUUGUUGUAGCUGAAUUUACCAAGAAGAAAGUCCACAAACAAAGAAAAGUCAAGCGACAACCAAGGAUAAAGACUUGGAAACUACGUGAUCCAGAGACAAAGAAACUUUUCACUACUGAGUUUGCUGCGACACCUGAGGCUACUACAUGGGAGGGGCUGAAGAACAACUUGUUUGAGGUAGCACAAAAUGUCUGCGGUGUUUCUCGAGGACAUGCAGCCUCACGUGAAACUUGGUGGUGGAACCAAGAAGUAGAAGAAGCUGUGAAAAUGAAGAAACAACUGGCGCAGAAACAGAAACGAUAUAAAUCGGACAGCGUAUGCGAAUGCUAA